AUGCUGUUUAGCGAAGCUAUGUUUCGUUCAGAAGGGUUAUCAGAACGGGCGUGGAAUCGCUCCACCUUGAAGACGGCACAGAUUGGCUCACAUUUACUCCAGGCACCAACAUGCACGAGUUACGUAAUCCCAGCGACCGCUGUGCCUCCCGUCUACCAACACAUGCAGCGCACCUGCCACGAUGGCUCCGAGCAGUUGGCACGUCUGAGACAGAUAUUUUGGUCGAUUCCUGGUCUGAAAGCUGCACUCACAAUGGCCAGCAGGAAGAGGCGCGACAGUGGGCCCGUGGCCGCCCCAGCCGAGUCUAAGGAAAGCGCAAGCCACAUGUCAGGCCCCAGCGACGAACAGGCCACACGGUGUGUAGCCUCUAAAGCGGACCCGAAGCUUUGGGAACUUGCGAAAUCUUUACCGACGGAAGAGCUUGAGACUGAAACAAACCCCGUGCGCCGCCGGAACAUCGAGGCAUGCCUUAAGUAUGUCAAUGAGAAUGGCUAUCCGUACCCAAACGAGGUGUUUAUUGCCAUGGAUGGUGUCGUUAAACACGUGACUGAGCGCGAAUGUGAGGCUAUGGACUGGGCUUCACUGACCGAUAGUGGUAAAAAGGAUGAGGCCUUCUUGAUGUUGGGCCCUGAGUAUGGGCUUGAUGAGAAUCGCCUGAUGUGGUGA